AUGCGUGCCCGUCAAAAGAGAGCGUUGAUUGUGGAUUUUGAUUUGGACAAGAGAACCGUGAAUGAGACAAAAGAUCAGCAUGAGUAUGCGGCCAGCGAUCCUGUAAUCCAGUCAAUCAUCAGUAAAUCACACCAGAGACAACAACAAGAAAGUGGUGUAUUGAUGUCAAGACCGAAUUUCGAUUCCCUAUUCCCUUCGUUUACUCCGAAAUACGAUGAACGAUACGGUCACCGAAGUAAGAAUGUGCAAGGGUUGAGUGAUGAUGAACGGUUAGAAAUUGACGAUAUGUUUUUGAUACCGAGUGAAGAGAUGUUAUACGCUGAAGUGGAACGGAAAGGUUAUGCGAUACCCGUGCAACAACCACUUGCUUCAUUAUUAGCUGUGGGUAUCAGAAGGUUUGUGCGUUUUUGGUUUAAUUUGUCUGUUUGGAUGAUUUAUAUUUUGAUGGUGUAA